AUGUUACAAAAACAAAAAAAUUAGAAAUCACUCAUUUUAGAACUUGAUUAUGAUACUGAAUACAAGUCAAUAAAGAGUUCAACAAAAAUGUCUGAAUAAAAUAUAAUAUCUAAAUUUGUUGAUUUAUAUGAAGAAGUGCUUUUUUAAAUCAAAGGUUCCUAAAAUUUAGUAUAUUAUAUUACAAUAUUUAAGUAUUUAAUCAAUAAAAUGGCUAACCUAAAGAAUGGCAAUAUUGUUAAUAUUGAAAUAUUGUUGUCCAAUUUCAAAUAUCUAAUCACAUUGUUAAUCCAAGAAUUAGUAUUAUCUAUCUAAUAUUUAGAUAUAAUUUUAAAGAUAAGUGGAUUCUCAAAACAUUGAACCAAAUAAGUUAAAUAAUCUGGAGUUAAAUUAAAUAAAACUAGAUCUAUAAUAAUUUUAAUAUGUAUCACUUAAUAUUUUAAUAUUAAAGGACAAGACUGAUUUAUAAUAUAAAGUUAAAUAACUUGAAUAAGAAGUCUAUCAAUAAUAACAAUUAAAUGCCACCAUUUCUCAAAAUUUGUUAGAUUUCAAAUAAAAAUAUUUAGUAAGUUUAUUAUAAAUCUAUUUAAUUAGGAAUUAUAAUAUAAAUACAAUUAAGAGAUUUAAAUAAAAUAAACUAAAACUUUCUAUGAUCAAAAUAUAAAAGAUAAACUUAAAAAAUUACAUACAAUAUACUAAAUAGACAAAUCUUCAAAUAAUAAAUCAAUAAUCAACAAAAAGUAAAAAUUAACCAUUAUGACUGAACCUUGUGAUUCUGAUUCAUAGUAUAGUACUAUUAUUGAAUUAAAUAAUUCUUAUUAUGAUAGAAUUAAUAGCAAGAUUAAAUAAAAUUAAACAAUAGAAAGUACAUAUUAACUAAUAUUUGUUUAGCUAUUACAUCUGUUCAAACUGAAAAUAAUAAAAAUGCUGAUUCCUUUUCGUAUAUUCUGAAUAGAAAUUUUUAUAAAUCAUAAUAAAGAGAUAAAUCAAAUACUCUAUCCCAAGAAUGUUAUAAUAAUAUUAAGUAUGCAUAAAAAUAAAAUCUACCUAUUAACUCAUUAAAAUAAAAAAAAUAAACUUAAUUUAGCUGA